AUGAGAGAGAGAGAGACCGAAAGAAAGAGUCUUUGCGCCUGGGGCGAUUGGACUUGUUACUCGCUUUUCUGUUGUUUGCGCCAUCCCACCAUCACUGUGGUCCUCUCUCCGUCUUCUUGCAUGCGAGAGUGUAUGUCCUUUCCUGUUUCAAAUAUUUUAGAAUACAUAUUAAAGGAAGCCAUGAGUCAUUACAUAGAUGUGGAGGUUUCUCUUCUUUCGGCCCCGGUAUUCGGCGGCGCGCAAUCCCAGGUUUAUGCCCAAAGCAAUGAAGAGCGUAGCAUCGAGUUCAGACGAUCACCUCGACCCAAGGAUCCGAAGGUUUCUGGUAACAUUGAAUUGCCGUCACGCAUCACCCAAAGGGCAAGAUACUGGUCCUGA